AAAGCCAAUUAAGUGCAGAGAUAGCAAGGCAGAGAUCGAUACACAUAUAUACACGUAUAAGCUUUGGUUAAUUGUUGAUUAGGUUAGCCAUGGCAUCAUCGUCUGCAUCUUGCAUUUCCUUGAUUGUGCUCGUGGCCAUGGCCUCUGCGGCGGCGGCGCAGCAGCUGUCGCCGACGUUCUACGACGCGUCGUGCCCUAGAGCUCUGUCCAUCAUCAAGAGCGCCGUGGCGACCGCCGUGAGCAGCGACCGCCGCAUGGGCGCGUCCCUGCUCAGGCUGCACUUCCACGACUGCUUUGUCCAAGGUUGCGACGCGUCUGUUCUGCUGGCCGGACAAGAGCGGGACGCAGCUCCUAACAAGGAUUCACUGAGAGGCUUCGAGGUCAUCGACGGCAUCAAGACGCAGAUCGAGGCCGUGUGCAACCGCACAGUCUCGUGCGCCGAUAUCCUCACCGUCGCCGCCCGCGACUCCGUCGUCGAGCUCGGAGGGCCGACAUGGACAGUGCCGCUUGGGAGGAAGGAUUCCAUCGACGCAAGCCCGGCGCUUGCACUGACUGAUCUCCCGCCGUUCACCGCUAGCCUCCAGGAGCUCGUAGCCGCAUUCGACAAGAAGGGCCUCACCGUAACCGACAUGGUUGCUCUCUCGGGCGCGCACACGAUCGGGCAGGCGCAGUGCUCGACCUUCAGGGGGAGGAUCUACGGCGAGACCAACAUCAACUCCUCCUUCGCGACGGCGCUGCAGGCGAGCUGCCCCCGGAGCGCCGGCACCGGCGACAUGAACCUGGCGCCGCUGGACGCCGCGACGCCCAACGGCUUCGACAACGCCUACUUCACCAACCUGCUGUCGCAGAGGGGGCUCCUGCACUCCGACCAGGUGCUGUUCAACAACGGCAGCACCGACAACACGGUGAGGAGCUUCGCGUCCAGCGCGGCGGCGUUCAGCAGCGCCUUCACCACGGCCAUGAUCAAGAUGGGGAACAUCGCGCCCAAGACGGGGACGCAGGGGCAGAUCAGGCUCAGCUGCUCCAAGGUGAACUCGUAAGAUCGCUGCAGUGCUGCAUUUUCUGCAGUAAUAACAACGUUUGUAUGAUUGUAUCAUCAGUAUACGUGAUAAGAAUAAGAACCCCACAACCACUAGGAUAUAAUAGUACGUAUGUGUGCGUGUACGUGGAGUGGUGGUGGUACAUGCAGAAUUGCCUAACUCUGUUUCUUAACAGAGAGGACAGACGGGCAUGCAUGGAUGAACCAACAUAUAUAUGUUACGGUUUUUCUCGUGCAAAGGCACGGAGAAAUGGAGGAUUACUAUAUAUAGUCA